AUGGCCAUUAAAGUGAAACGUGCCUGCCUGUCAGAGAGAAGCAGCUACCACAGGAGCCUGAUCGCCGCUGUCAAAACGCCGGUCAGCGCCAGCCCGCUUGUUGAGUCUCUGGGGCCCGCCUUCCUGAGCGAGGGUCAGUCAGUGUGCUCUGACAAGCAGGGCCCUGGUGUCUGGUGGGGCCUGUCCGCUGAGACCCAGAGGGGAAGCGGUGCUGCUUCGGAAACGGGGGCCUGA